GUCUGUGGCGACGAGAGUCGAGGAAGGCAUUACGGCCAGUACACCUGCGAGGCCUGCAAAAGUUUCUUCAAACGCUCCGUCCGCAAGGGUGCCGCCUACAUCUGCCUGCGGGGCGGCGCCUGUGACAUCGAUGCGCGUCUUCGCAAUCGUUGUCGAUAUUGUCGCUGGAAGCGCUGUCUGGCAGCUGGAAUGAAGAAACAAAUCCCAAAACCCCAACUCCAGGCCCAAACUCUCGACCCGAAAGCUCUAAACGUCCCGCUAAAUCAAUAA